AGGGUGUCAGUCACAACCUGUUAUGUGGUGGCUGUCUGUCUUUUUCUUUAAAGAUUUGCAUAUAUUUUCUUUAGAGAUUUGUAACUUUAGAGAUUUGCGUAUAUUUAGAGAACCACUUGUUCAUUUUUGGUGAAACUUGCUAAGAACCAUAUUUUGCUCAAUUUAUCAAGAGUAUCAACAUCUGGUUAGAAAUAAAGUAUGCCUGUAGUGUGUAAACCAUACACAGUGCAUUCCAUAGUAGUCUAUGGUACACACUGGAAGCCAAGUACUACCAUAGUAUACUGUAUGUAGGGAAGAAGCUUUACAAAAAACAAUGAACCAAAGAAAAUGAGAGAAUUCUAGUCAGGUCACUCUGCAGCCAGCCAGCAUCUCUCACAAAAUGAUGAAAUUGAGCUCUGGGGUUCGAAGAGUAUGUAGCUUGUUGAAGCCGAACCUCAUUUACAAAGCAGAAGUGAAUCAUUGGCACAUCCAUUUUUGACCCCUUUCUCCUCUUUGACUUGGUAUGAAACUGCAAACUCACCAGUUUAGGGCUUUGUCUCUCCACCUAGAUUUUGCAACAUGGUUAUAUCUUUCCUACAUAUUUAUUUUGCAACCUGCAAAUUAGUUUGAACACGACUCAUCAGCAAAAACAACCACUGAAGCCCAGUUACCCAACACAAGGUGGGUGUGCCUAUUUAAUGUACUGUAUAUAAGAGACAGUUAAAACCUAAGUCCCUGCUCAAGCCCCCUGUUCUGGUUUCAGCAUCACUGAUUAGAUUUCCAGAAUGGUUUUUCCAAUAUUUGGGAUCCUCCUGUUUUUCAGUGCAGUACAAGGGCAACUCUAUCCUACUGGACCGCCUGCUACCACUGGUGGGAAUGCUAACGGUGCAAUGUGUGUCUUUCCUUUUGUGUAUCGUGGAAAUACUUAUGAGUACUGCACCACUGAUAACUGGUGGCCAAGUCACCCUUGGUGUGCUACAGUCAGCAAUUACGAUAUAGAGCCUGUCUGGGGAUAUUGCCCGACUUCAGUCCCUGAAAUUCUUGGAUCUGAGUGCGUCUUCCCAUUUAUCUACAAGGAAGAAUCAUAUUUCUCAUGUACAGACAAAGAUUCGGACAGACCCUGGUGUUCAUUAACUGAUAAUUAUGAUGUGGAUGAACAGUGGAGCUACUGUGAUGGUUAUGACACUCCUGAAUGAAGAUGGAUUCACAGCAUCUCUGGUGUUAAACAAAAUGCGGAAUCAUCAUCUUAAUGAAGGGAUCGGCUCUGACUACAAAAUGCAAACUGCUUAAAUGUUUUUUUUUCAGCUUAAUUAAAGUCAUAAAACCGUAUUGUAAUCAUGUCUUAACACUCAGGAGUAGUGAAUAAACACUGAACAUUAAAUGCUAUCAUUUGAUAGUUGUGCUUUUGUAAUGCAUCUCAAUAACACAUUUAUGACAUGCUUGUGACUAAUUCCUAAGUGUAAUGUUAUAGCAGAACGCCAAUGAUAAGACUGUUUACCAUUGCUUUGUCAUUUCUUUAAUACAGCAAAAUAUUUACAUUAAGAAUGCUGUGUUUGUGUCAUAAUUAAAAAAAAAAACUGCUGGAAAAGUAUGUCUGCAUUCCUGCUAUAACAUAAUCUAACAUAACAUAUGAGACAGUGACUCCAAAAAUGUAUUGGUAUAGCAGAAGGUCACUAAUCCAAACCAGCUGGGACAGAACCUUGAUUAGAUUUGUGAUUUGUUGAUGAUCUGAUACAUUAUGUACCAUACUUAAAUGUCUUUUCUGGUCUUUGUUUAUGUCUUUGAGACUAUCCUAACUUCAAAUAAAAAUCAAUGAUAAAAAAAUUAAUAAAA